GAUGGAGGAGAUGCUGAUGGAGGAACAUGCCGUGGAGCAGCAGAAAGCUCUCAGCUCCCGUCCCCCGGAGGACACUGCCUUUCACCAGCGUGUACAUCGGAGGCUUCUCAAAGCUGAGCUGCCCGAAUACAUCCUGGACCUUGGCUAUGUCGUUCCCGGUGACAUCCACACACACAUGGUGAAGAUCACCAACACUGGGCACUUCCCUGCAUCUUUCCGUGUCGAUGGAUAUGUCCUGUAUAACACAGGCUUCAGCGUGUGCCUGGAGCAUGUGAAGCGCCUGCCCUCCUGUGAGAGCAAGACAUUUGAAGUGUGCUUCGACCCACAAAGUGCCAACGUGCCCCUGGGAAAAGUGGAUGUGCUCCUGCCCAUCAAGGUCAGAGGAGGCCCCACAUUCCAGGUCCGCCUCCGUGCCAUGGUGGCUGAGCCGUCCCUCUGCGUGUCCAGGGACAGGCUGGAGUUCUCUGCUGUCCAGUGUGGGCAGUGCCAGGAAGAAACCAUCCAGCUCCACAACACGUUCCAGGUCCCCUGUAAAUGGUCCAUCAGCAUGACUGAUCCUGUUGAGGAGGUGGACAAACAUCUGCCAGGGAGCAAGCACCAGAAGCUGCUGGAGGAGAUGAAGUCUGUGCCCUGUGGCUUUGAGGUGUUGCCCUCAGCUGGAAGCCUCGCUCCAGGACAGCAGUGCCACGUCCAAGUCCGUUUUUCACCUACGGAAGAGAAGUGCUACCGGGGCGAGCUGCAGAUCCAGAUUUGCCAGAGCAGCCAACGCCUGCAGCCCCUACAGACACCAAAAGAUGACAACAGCGCCAACAGCUUGUUGCUGCCUCCGUGUGCCCUGGGAGAGAAGCUGAAUGCUGAGGCCCAAGGAAGGGGCAUAAAAAUGAAGGUUGAUGUUGUGGAUCCACCAGGAAAGGUGGUGAAGCUGGGAAACGUCUGCAUUGGACAGACGGUGAAGAAGAUGGUCACCGUAGCCAACAAGAGUGCAGCCCCUCUCACCUUUAAGCUGAGGGUCACGUCCACCGUGCCAGAGUUGCAGGAAGCUGGGGUUCUGUGCUUGAAGCCCAGCAAGGAUCUAAAGCUGAAGGGCAGAGGAGACACCUGCAAAGUGGAGGUGACCUUCUCCCCGAAGCGCCGCAUGCAGCCGUUCAGCGGGGAAGUGCUGCUGGAGUGCCGCGGGCUGGUGCGCUCCCUCUGUGUGGUGCGGGGCUCCUGCCAGGGCAGCCUCGUGAGCCUGGACCAGGACCAGCUCAGCUUUGGAGCCGUGGUGCAGCAGAGCUCCACGUGCCGGCGCGUCGUCAUGCGGAACGCGGGCGACACGAGAGUCAGGUUUAUGUGGGACGUGGAGAGCUUCAAGCCAGACUUUUCCAUCAGCCCCACAAAGGGUUACAUCAGCCCAGGGAUGGAUGUGCCCUUGGUUGUGACCUUCCGCCCCUCGAAGCUGAGCCAGGCUGUCCAGUACGAGGGGCUGCGGUGCUUCAUCCAGGGCAGUGAGGCGCUGCGGCUUACGCUGGCAGGAUCCUGCGUGGAGGCCCCUGGCCCCAAAGAGGUAACGCAGCAGGGACAGGAUGGGCCCCUGGACCCCAGCAUCUGUCCUGGUGCAGAGCCAGCGUGA